UGUGUGUGUGUGUGUGCGUAUGAGAUGAGGCGCUAUUGUAAAUGAAUUAAUGCUUAAAUAGAUUUAAAUUACGCGUAAUAGUAGAUAACUAACUAAAAUACAAAAAUAAAGCAAAGUCCCCCUCUCUCUCUCUUUCCUCUUCUUAAGUUAACAAUAAUUCUUUGAAAAAAAUUCCUAAACGCAAAGAAAAGAUCAGAGGUGAAAGUUUAAGUUACAAAGAAAAUAAAAUGGAAUUGAAUUAAUGCCAAGGAACCAAUGAAUAAUUUAUAAAAAUUGCUUAAAUGUCCUUGCUGGUGGAAAGUGUAUGAGAGGAGAGGACCACAGCGAGUAGAUGAUACAAGAGGAAUAAAGGAAACACUUUUGGUUUCCAAGAGAAUGAAUGACAGAAACAACAACAACACCAUCAUAACAAGAAAACAGCUUUAUCAGUAACAGAAACAGCAACAGCAACAACAUAUCAACAUAAACAACAACAAAAAGCAAAAACAAGAACCAAAAAACAUUUAUAAGCUUAGCUACAUGUGAAAAUAACAGUCACAUCACCGACCUAUGGACAAAGUGUAAACAAAGAAAUUUUAUGUCCAAAUAAUCGUAAAAAAAACAUCUGAAUUUGCCUCCAAAACCACCAAAGCUGUAGUACACCCCCCACUUCAGAAUAUUAUUUCGCAACAACAAGCACACUAAAAAAAGAAACGCCAAGUAGCCAUCAUCACAAAUCAAGUGGAAGGUCCUCGGUUCUUCAAACGCCUGCGACACCACCCCUCUUCACACCCACAAAACAGAUACAAAUUUCCCUAAGGUUUCUCAGCAGAGCUUUAACCGUUUAACCGUUAAAUCAUCAUUACCAAACUAUCACAAUGAAUAAUGACGAAGUGUACGAGAUCAAGAAAACUUGGGAGAUUCCUGCCGCUACACCUGCUGAGUCUGGAGCAGCUAUACUGUUGACAUUUUUCAAAAAAUAUCCGUCCAAUUUGGAAAAGUUUUCAGCAUUCAAAGAUCUGCCAUUAGAUGAAUUAAGUACCAAUGCCCGCUUCCGAGCCCAUGCCACGCGCAUUAUCAAAGUUUUCGAUGAUUCCAUUUCAAUGUUGGGCCAUGAUUGGGCGGGACCCAAACUAGAGGAGAUGUGGUCGAAAAUCGCUACAACGCAUUUCAAUCGUCAAAUUGAGAAACAGUCAUUUAAUGAACUAAAAGAAGCCAUCUUGGAAGUCUUAACGGCUGCCUGCAAUCUAAAUCAGAAACAAACCGAGGCCUGGAUGAAACUUUUGGACGUUGUGUAUAGCAUUAUUUUCACCAGUUUGGAUAAACUGCAAAAUGGCGAGCAAUAAAAGUUAAGGAUACGCAAAGAGACAGCGGCAAACAAUUGAUUGUUAUUGACAAAUAUGAGAAACUUUUAAUUAAAACAAAAAAAAAAAAGGUUAAACAUGAACGAAAAACUCACCCAUAGAACCAAAACCACAAAAUUUGUGUAUUUAGUGGUGUGACUUAGUAGUUAGCUUUAAAAUCCCAAAGAUUCGAAUCUUGCUACCCAAAAACCAAUGUCCCCUUAAACAUUUUCCCUUUCCUUAAAUCCCCAAAAAUCCCCUCUCCACUUUGCUCAAUACUCACUAAGAAGCAAAAAAGAAGAAGAAGAAUAAGAGAAAAUAAAGCUUUAUCUAAAUGUUGGCCUCAAUUCAAUGUCAAGAUGUGUUCUAUGUCACCAAUGAAUGUUAGAGAGAACAAAAACAAAAAAAAAAACACAAAAAUAGCGAUAUGAAUUUCUGUUGAAUCCACAUAUAGCCAAACACUAAAAUAGAUUUUGUGACCCUUAUAGCCCACCUGUUCUAAUGAAAUUGAAACCUAAAUUACAAAUUUUGUAGAUUUAUAUUUAAAAACAAGGAAAACAAACAGAGAAACUGAUGUCACCCAUCCCACCCCCAACAUAUUUUUUGUUAAUUGUAUUUUGAGACUAUAGAAUAAAGCCAAACCCCUUCUCUCACCCCCUCCUCAAAGAAUCACCACACAAAAAAAAAAGGAUUUGCAUUUUUUCUAAAUAUUUUUCUAACAUCUCUCAUGUUAUAUGAGAUUUAAUAUUAAAAACAAAAAAAAAUUAAAAAAAAACUCUGAAAAUAUUUAAGGACAAUUUUAUUAAGCCUAAACAAAAAAAAAGUGUAAUUGUGUAUUGUAAUAAAAAAAAAACAAAAAUAUGUAAAAUGCUUUAGUCAUAGAGAGCAAAAAAAGAGUAUAUCAAUCAGACAACCAACAUUUUUUGUUUGUGGAACAUUAACAUCAAUAACAACACUAACAACCACAACCACAUUGAGAUAACAAAAUAAUUGUAACUAAUAAGAAUAUUAAGAAUGCUAUAAAACUCACACAACAAAAACACAUGUUUGUAUUGUAAACCUUAUAUCAAUAAAGAUGUAAAAACA